AUCCCAUGAUGCAUGCAUCCGGCUUCUCUAGCUCUACUACAAGCACAAGAUUAUAUUCCCCAGUCUACUACACACUACUUGUAAAACUUGUGAAGCUAGCUUCCAAUAUAUAGAUUUAAAGCAUUAUUAUGGCUAAAUUAGCUGCCUUAAUUCUUCCCAUCCUUAUAUUUAUCUUGGGAAUAAUGGGUAUACUAAGUGCUGCUAUUUAGGGAAAGUCAUUAUAUUUUAGUGUUAUUUAAGUAAAUUCCUCUUAUAAUCCGUAAUAAUUAUAGUUAUAAUAUUUUUCGGAAGAAGUGAUUGGAGUGUUAGGCACUAAGGGUUUGCCGGCAAGGGGCUCGGCCCAAUAUUAUUCCGUACAGGCCCGCCACCGCCUAAAGGAUUCACCGGCGGCAAUCACCUUUGCCGGAGGAGAUGUGACGACGGAGAUCAUAGAGCGAGCAUUUGGCAAAGCGGCCAGUCGAUUGGCCACCUACAAGCGUCUGAUUUGUGUGAAUAUGCACUUAUAUGCUCCACCGCCGGUGCCAUUUUUGGUGGCACUUGACACCGGGAGUGCCACAUUCUGGUUGCAAUGCGGCUGCCGCAGCUGUGCCCGUUCCUUCCAGAAAUCACAACAACAAAUAAACCUCUACUCGUACAACUACAAUACGUCACAAACGAGUGACGUUGUUGAAGUCGUCUAUAUGGCCAAGAAUACUUCGACCAGGGGCAUUCUCGUCAAAGACGUUAUGCACCUCGAAACCUACGACAACAACCACACCCGUAGCAGCGCACCCGUUAUAUUUGGGUGCGGACAAGUUGAACCGGGUGAUUUUCUUGACGUGGGUCCGGUCAACCGCAGGUUACUUGGGUUCGGGUACGGUGCGCUGGAUGUGACAAGCCUCCUAUCGUCCCAAGGGUUGGUUCGGAACUCAUUCUCGAUGUGUUUCGCACCAAACGGGUACGGUAGGAUCGCUAGGGAUAAAGGUGCCGAUGACCAGAUAUUCACCCCAUUAUUGCGUCCCUCUGACAAAAGCCCUUAUUACAACAUACAGAUAGAGGACAUAUCUCUUGAAAAUGUUGCAAUCAAUGUUUCACUACUGGUAGCCCUUUUUGACUCCGGUGCCACUUUAACUAAGAGGCAUACACCUUGGUCACCAAAAAUGUGAAUUUUGGGUGACAUUAUUCUAUUUUGCUUUCUUAAUUUAUCUAAAUAAAUUUAGAUAAAAUUUACACCUACCAUACCUCUAAUUGCUAGUUUGCUACUAAAAAUAAAAUUAUACUCAAUUAACAAAGGAAGGAAAUAACUAAAUCAUACUACCGGCCUCAGCUCCGUCCUCAAAAAACUUUCAUUUUUGACUUUUUGAGGAUUUAAGGAAGUGAAAUUUUUGUGUUGACUUUCCAAAAAUACCCUUGAUGUGAUGUGUAAAAGUAAGAUGUGAUAGGUAUAUUAUUAGUAAAAAGGUAUGAUGUGAUAGGUAGGGUAUGAAAAAAUAAUGAGUAAAAGAGGUUUUUUAAG